AUGGCUACUGAAGGAAACGAGGUUAAGGAUGAGCGUCCGGAGAUGCAUGAGGAAGGAGGCGAUGACGAGGAAGAAAUUGCGGCGAUGAAGAAGCGCGUAGCAGAGAUGGAGUCGGAAGCAGCCAAGUUGCGGGAGAUGCAGGCUACUCUCGACCAGCAGUCGGAGAGCUUGCGCGAGGACAAGGAGGACAUCGAUGCCCGAAGUAUCUUCGUUGGAAACGUGGAUUAUGGCGCUUCGCCGGAGGAGAUCCAGGCCCAUUUCCAGAGCUGCGGCUCGAUAAACCGUGUCACGAUCCUGCUGGACAAAUUCACGGGACACCCCAAAGGAUAUGCAUAUGUUGAAUUCAGCGAGCCGAGUCUUGUGGCACAAGCAUUGGUUCUCAACGAGAGUCUCUUCCGUGGACGGAACUUGAAGGUUGUCCCCAAGCGCACCAAUCUGCCUGGCAUGAGCCGCGGACGUGGGCGAGGAGGCCCGCGAGGACGAGGCGGCCGCGGCGGGUUCCCGCCUCGCGGUGGAUACCGUGGCGGAGGUUAUCGUGGUCGCGGACGAGGAUAUGCACCAUACUGA